UAAAUAAUAUUUGAUAAUCUUCUAACAAAAAGAUAAACUGAAACAAUGGCAGACGAAGUAACAACUCCAGUAACAGAACCAAUGCAGGCUGAAACGACACCUGCUCAGGAAGGAGGAUCCCAAACAGCUGAUCCAAGUCCAGCUGUUGCGGUUCAAAACACUGUAAAAGCAGAAAAGGAUGCUGCUGGAAAAACACCAAAAAUGGUGGAAUUACAAUCGCUUCCAACAAGAGCUUAUCUCGAUCAAACAGUGGUUCCAAUUCUUCUAUCAGGCCUUGCAACUCUCGCUAAAGAACGCCCACCAAAUCCUGUUGAAUACUUAGCAGCGUAUCUGUUAAAAAAUAAAGAUGAAUUCAAGCCAGGACCUCCGAAAGAACAAUAAAUCUUCAACGCCUAAAUUUUUGUCUGGUCUAUUAAUGUAUAAGACAAUCUCGUAUCGUACUAAGGAAGCAAUAAAGCGUGUCCUGGCAGAAUAAUCUCAUCCUAAAUAGAGUGCACCAAUGCUGCCAGUCAUGCUUUAUUGCUUCUUCAGUCUGGAUGAGAUGAAAUUGUAUCUCAACAGACCACAGCUGAUGUUUUUAUUAUAUUGAUAUUUAGUAAAUAAACUUGUGAUUUGUACUUUCCUGAUAACUAGGUUCAUUCAACAUAUAAAACUUGAUUGCUUGAAAUUACGCUGCUGUAUAUCCAGCCACCAUGUUUUAAUAUUUAGUUUGAUUGUUCAUGAUGAUUAUCUAUCACAGAAAUAUUGUUAGAAAGUAUGCUGGCGUUUCGGCCACAAGCUCGAGUGCAGAGAUAUGGCACAGUGAUUGCAUAUUUCAUUUUUGAAAGCGAAGUACUUUGUUAUUUCGAUUUUUAUUCAAGUAUUUUAAUAAAUGAAAAAACAACACGGUCCAUGAUUUUUAACAUGUAUAUCUGAUAUAAAACAUAUCAUCAGGCAUCAGACCCCAGAUGAUUUGCUUAAAAACUAGUCGCUUUUUUGGCCAUAAAAUUCAACGUAAUAGUAAUAAUAAAACAGCGAAAUAUCUCACUUUUAUUCCUCGCUCGUUGUGGGUAAACGUAUGUAUCUCUGCACUCAAGCCUGCAUGAAUCGUCUGUAACCUUGUUAGAAUACACCUUUGAUUGUCUGUAUUGGAAUAAUUAUCCACAUGUCCUUGUCAUGAUCACAAUCAAAGUGCUCUAGCUAGUUUUAUUUUGAUGAAAGUAAUUUGGGUUCCGAAGAUUUGAAUGAAUUUUCAAAUAUGAAGUUUUAUUAUCAUGUGGUGUUUUGUAUUUGAUUCAUUCUGUCUGUUUAUCGUUGUGGAAAAACUGUCCUGUUGAAAUGUCUUUUGUUGUACUUGUAGAGAGAGAUUUUUCCAACUGAUUUAACAAAAAUGUUCAGUAGCUUGACAUUUUACAUUUCGAAAAUGAACUUUUAUGAGUUUGCAAACAAGCAAAAACGAUUUACCUUGAAUAUAGAUUUCAAUCGCUCCUUAUUCGUAGACGGAUUGUCAGAAACUUGUUUUCAAAUAUUUUGUCAUUUUUGUUUUUUAGAGUUGUUAAUAUUUGAUAUGUACUGCACCCUUCUGUCCUAUUUGUAAUUCAGGGUUUUCUCAUUAUUCGACAAAAAAAUGUAGAAAAACUCAGAUUUGCAAGAAUAUGUGUAUUUAUGAUAUUGUGAAUAACAACCAUACCUUGUCCAAAAAAUUUAUAUUACAAUAGUACUGUUGUUAAUUGCUGUUUCAUACUGGCCUAAUAUUAUUGAAUAUAAAAUGCUGGUUUGCUUGCUUACUAUAUUUUAUAACCAAAUUGAUUUGAUAAUGAAUGAACAAGCAUAGACCAUGCUCUUCAUUAUAGGAUACUCAGUCUAUGGCCUUUUCGAACUAAUUUUGAAAGCGAUUUUUCAGACUGAUUUGUAAUUUUUUUAGUUUCGUUUUUCAAUUGUUUCUGCAUUGCUUUGAUGAUUGGCUAAUUGAUAUGUUUUUGAUACUAG